AAAAAGGUCGAUUUUUACUCUUCUAUGUGACUUCUUGUUUUAUGUCUUAAUCCAUGACAAGUCGGUCUAGCCGCCUUUCAGGCUGGCUGUCACACAUUAUGACGUUCCAAGUGAAUGUUUGGUUCCUCCUGUCCAUACCACUCCUGACCUCACCAACCCAGACUCAAAAAUUGCUCGACCAUGCUUUCAACCCCAAGGACUAUAUGAUUAAUCAAGCCGAAGGUUACGUGUUCUUUGAGAUUGUGGAGCCGGAAGAACUCAGCUAUACUUAUAAAAUGAACCAAGCGGCCUUUUCCACGCCUUGGAACAAUACCUUCCACGGGAUUCCCUUGGUUCCAUCGGAUCCGGCUUGUGGGUGUGGUUCUUAUUUCAAUGCUGAGGACGUGGAAGGCCACGUGGCUUUGGUGGAUCGUGGGGAAUGCUCGUUUGUGAGCAAGGCCUUAAAGGCUCAAGAAGCGGGAGCAGUGGGGAUUGUGAUCACCGAUCAGAAUGAGAACAAUGACGAGCUGUAUAUCAUAAUGCAGGAUGAUACCACCGAGCGGAAAGUCCAGAUUCCGGCUGGAUUUCUCUUGGGAAAAAAUGGUUAUGGAUCAUUCCGUACUUGCCUCCUGGGCUUGUUGUAGUGGAAAACGGAAAUUGUAAAUGCCAUGAGCAACCACCUUUAGUAGUGGAAUAUAAGCACAUUAUUAAGAACACUCUUCAUCGUUUGAGGAGACGCGAGGCGAUUAUCAACAUACCCAUUAAUAUUACCAAUGUGCAAAUUCACAAGCAAAAACAGCCUCCGUGGAUUGUAUGGUAAAUAAAACGUGCGGUUAGAGUACGAAUGCAAAUCUUGGGGAUGUCUGGGCUGGCAAGAAAUGCAUCUGCAUUCAACUUUAACGUCUUAUUUGCGCUUGUCUGCAUUUCCGAUCCAUUACCUAUUUCCUUUUUGUACUAACCGCUCCUGUGAUAUUUUGUUUUCAUUUUCCAUUUGUUCAAAGCACAAGAAUGCCGAAAUGACAUUCGUUUGUCAAUAGUUAUGUUUUCUAUCAUUGCUCUUGAUGGAGUUGUGACCAAUAAAAAUAUACAAAACCUCA